GCGUACAGUAGUAAUUUUACCCCUGGAGAAUAAACCAGGCGAGUAAUUAAUUCCCUUUGCUUUUGAUUCCAAUAAAUCGCCACUUUGAUGUAGGCGAAACUGACGAUCAUUUGCAGUGGUUUGGUGUUUGUGGUGGCGAGUGGAGCUCCAUUUGGGAGCAGAUCGGCGAUUUAAUCGCCAUCUUCUCCCCCCUUAGAAAACCCAUUUUACAGCUUUUGUUUGUUUUUUGGGUUUCCUCAAAUUUUCCUAUUUGUGUAUUUUUUUCGGGUUUUUUCUGUUUUAUUCGGUUUAUUCUGAGUAGUUUCCUUUGGGAGGUGUCAAAAAAUGGAGAGAAUGUUCAAUUGAGGAUUGUCCGUGUUUUUUUCUUGGAGAUUUGGAUCAAAGGAAGAUGAUUGAGCAGUUCAUAAAUUUUGUGAUUCGGCCACCAAGGGCCGAAUAUAAUCCAGACCAAUAUUUAUGGGAAACAGAUUUCACUAUUGCUGGGAGAAAAUACAAACGACAAGACUUGGAGCUCACAAAUGGAAGAGGCCAUGUCUUGCAGUGCAGUCACUAUGUUCCCUCACCUUUCCCAGAAAACACCCCUCUUCCUUGUGUUAUAUAUUGCCAUGGGAACAGUGGCUGCAGAGCAGAUGCCAAUGAGGCAGCUGUAAUUUUACUUCCUUCAAAUAUUACUGUUUUUAUUCUGGAUUUUUCUGGUUCGGGUUUGUCUGAUGGUGAUUAUGUCAGCCUUGGAUGGCAUGAGAAAGAUGAUCUUAAAACUGUUGUGGAUUUUCUUCGUGGCAACAAGCAAGUAUCGUGCAUUGGGCUAUGGGGAAGAUCCAUGGGUGCGGUCACAAGCCUUCUUUAUGGAGCAGAAGACCCAUCUGUUGCUGGAAUGGUGUUGGACAGUGCUUUCUCAAAUUUAUUUGAUCUUAUGAUGGAGCUUGUGGACGUUUAUAAAAUCCGGCUUCCUAAAUUCACGGUUAAAAUGGCUGUGCAAUAUAUGAGGAGGGUCAUUCAGAAAAAGGCCAAUUUUGAUAUUAUGGAUCUCAACUCUUUACAGGUUGCUCCAAAGACUUUCAUCCCAGCUUUGUUUGGGCAUGCUACCGAGGAUUUAUUUAUUCAGCCUCAUCAUUCAGACCUUAUCUUUAAGUCAUAUGCAGGAGAUAAGAAUAUCAUAAAGUUUGAGGGUGAUCACAAUUCACCUCGACCUCAGUUUUACUAUGAUUCUGUCUCCAUUUUCUUCUACAACAUCCUUCACCCUCCUCAAGUUUCUUCGCCAUUACCCGCUAAGGUUGAAAAGUACUAUGACUUGGGGGAUUUGAAGGUUGGUGCCAGCAUUAAUGAGAGCUUGUUGUACGAGAUAAUUACAGGAAUUCGAAUGGUGGAGACAGAUGCAGCUAGUUCAUCAUCAGCUCCUCCUGGUGCACCAAAAGGUUUUCCCACAAAAUCGGUUGGUGAAUUGCUCUCUGAAACUGGAGCUUUUACCCCAAUAACGAAUGCAAUGGACUUAUUGCAACGGAAAGAUGAUGUGGUUAUUGAGUUCAAUGGGAAAGAUGGUGAUGGAGAAAUGAGUUUUCAGGAGAAGUCGAAUGCGGGGAUUGAGGAGAGCUGCUCAUACUCGAGUUCCAACCAUGAGAGCUGGGGCAGAUGCUCCUCCCUCGGAAACAGCGACGAAGAGUCAUCCUCUCUUGAUUGUUCUGGGAGUAACAGUGUCACCAAAGGACAUCAGCGGGCUCUAAGGGCAUUGGCGACACCUCUACGUAAGAUACAAUGCAAGUCUCAGUCUCGGUCACAUAACAAAGAUGAUGGAUCAUCAGCUAAUAAUUCCAAGAAGCCGAAGAAGAGAGACAAGUUUGAGAAACUAGAGGCACUGAGCCAACGAAUACGACUAUGUUUCCUAUGGCAUGUAAAAUACAAGAGGCAAAAGUCAACGUGAUUUGCUCGCAUCAUGAGAGAAGAGGCAGAAUGGGUAUUAUGAAGGGUUGAGAGCUCUCUCAAUGUAUCAUAUACACACACACACAUCUCUUGUAACAGUAAUUAUUUUUCCUCACACCAAGGCUUUUUUUUGUAUGUUCUUUGCUUUCCCUCUCUGUCUUUCUCUCUCCCUCUCUGUGUAUUUGCAGGUGUGAGGAUGGGAAACUUCCAUUCCCUGUUUUGAUCUUGUUUUGUAUGUAUUUCAAUAUCAGUCUAGUGCGCAGUUCCUUUCC